AGUUUUCAGCGGGCAGACCUGGGCCAUCUGGUCUGGGUCUGGAGGGACGGAGGCUUGGACACGCCUGACCUGAGCCCCCGUGGAGGGACCAUGGAGCCGGGGGACUCGACUGAGGGGUCGUCCUUGGAGUCUUCUCGUGGAAAAUCCCUCCCAGAAUCUGCUUGGUCAUGGAUUCCAAUGAUGAAGGACCCUGGAUGGAUUCGGAAUGUAUGGACUUCCAAUCUUAAUGCUCAAACCAUGAAUUACGUGGGACAGUUGGCCGGCCAAGUCUUUGUCACGGUCAAGGAGCUCUACAAGGGGUUGAACCCUGCAACGCUGUCCGGCUGCAUCGACAUCAUCGUGGUCCGCCAGCCCAAUGGCAACCUCCAGUGCUCGCCCUUCCAUGUGCGCUUCGGGAAGAUGGGGGUGCUGCGAUCUCGGGAGAAAGUGGUGGACAUUGAGAUCAAUGGUGAGAGCGUGGACCUGCACAUGAAGCUGGGGGACAAUGGGGAGGCCUUCUUUGUGCAGGAGAUGGACAACGGCCAGGAGGUGAUCCCCCUGCACCUGGCCACGUCCCCCAUCCUGUCAGAGGGCGCCAGCCGCAUGGAGGCCCAGCUGAAGCGCGGCGCCCUGGAGCGGGGGCGGGGGCUGGAGCCGGGCAGUGUGGCCCAGACCCAGGCGGCUGGCGAGCUGCUGAGUGUGAAGAAGCGGAGGAAAAGGAGGAGGAAGUGCCAGCUGGACAGCCUCAAGAGGGACGACGGCCUCCACACCUCGGAGGACGAGGACCUCUUCCCCAUCGAGAUGAGCUCUGAUGAGGACCUGGAGCCACCACUGGACAGGGCACUCGUUCACGAUGUGCCAACGUUCAGAGACGAAGCCCCCCUGGAAGGCCCUUCUCCGGCCCCGGGGUUCCCGCCCUCGCCAUGUUACUCUAGCUCGGACAGAGAGUGGGCCCUUCCGCAGAGCGAGCCUCUCGACUGCAAGCGGCUUCCCCCACACGUGGCGGUCGUGGCGGAGGGCGGCCUCUCGAACUCGUGCCCGCCGCAGUCUUCCCAUUUCCACUCCUCGGAAAGUCCUUCGGCCUCUCGUCCGUCCACGCCCAAGAGCGACUCGGAGCUGGUCAGCAAGUCCAUGGAGAGGGGCCUGCCGAAGAGCAACCCCGAGAUGCUGUGGCUGUGGGGGGAGCUGCCCCAGGCGGCCAAGACGGCGUCUCCACAUAAGGCGAAGGACGGGGCGAGCAGGAGCUUCUCAGAGAAGAUGCUCUUCCGGGUCAUCCAGAGCGAAUCCUCGGAGACUUUGAGCGACGUGUCGCCUUCGGCGGGCCACGGCGAGGCCCUGAGCCCGGAGGACGGCCCGGCCCUGCCCGAGGCGCCGGCCGGAGCGGAGCACGUCCAGGACGUCUCGGGCGCCCCCCCGGCCCCCCCGGAGGGUCCCCCCACAGCCCCCCCUGCUGCCAUGGAGCUCAGAAUUGAUGGUCCGGCCGCCAAUUCUCUCUCCAGGGAGGUCAUCGAGAAGAAACCGGAGAAGUUCAAAGUUCAGUGUCUGACGGACAUCAAGAACCUGUUUCUUCCUAACACGGAGCCCUUCUACGCUGCCUUUGGAAACCGGCCUGCUGACGUGUACUCUUACAAGCAAGUGGGAGUGACCCUGAAUCGAAUAUUCACCGUCAACCCCAAAGGCGAGCUGGUGCAGGAACACGCCAAGACCAACAUCUCCUCUUACGUCAGACUCUGCGAGGUGGUUGACCAUGUUUUCCCGUUACUGAAAAGAAGCCAUUCCUCAGACUUCCCUUGUUCGGACACGUUCAGUAACUUCACUUUUUGGAGAGAGCCCUUACCCCCUUUCGAGAAUCAGGACAUCCAUUCGGCCUCUGCCAACACGUACUGACAGCCCUGGGCAGCGCGGCAAAGGCCUGGCUCACCCCAUUAAAGGAUAAGCUUUGUGAAGAGUUCAGCCGGACGCGGGGCAUUGUAUUCAUUCGCUUAAAAAUAAUAAUAGUCAUUUAGAGCUGUUUUAUCCUUCCCGCUCCCCCAGCUUCCCUGGACACAGCAUUGCCGAGUGGCCCCUGACGGGUCUGUCUCGAGAGUUGGGGGAGCGUCGCUUUGCCCGCUGCGUGGAAAGGUUUCCUCGUGGGUCCCCGGCCGGGGCCGGGCACGUGUCCUCGCCUGCUGUGCCAGCCCUGCUCUUGUGCCUGCAGGCUCACGAAACCAAAGAAUGCCUCGCCAGAGGGUCUGUCGGAAUCGCUUCUGUCUUUGCCACGAAUCUCUGGGUGAUUCUGCCUCGUCCGGGGUGCGCGGUGCCCGUGAAACGUGGGCAAAGGAGUUUCGGAGUGUCGCGGAAGCUGUGCGGCCGAUUUCUGAGCCAGAAGAGGCGGUGCCCAGGCGAGGCCGCUCGCGGGGCGUCCUCCCUCCUGCUGGGAAGGGCACGCGCUUCAGGAACUUCUCUGUCCUUUUUUGUUUUCUGGGGGGCUGAACUUUGGCCACCUCUGCGCGGCGGUCCUCGUCUUUGGGUGUCAGCGAAAAGUUCUUCCUGCUUGUCUUCUGAGAGAGAAGCGGAUGCCGAGGGAGCCCCGACACUCCCACGUGUCUUUUUCUUCCUUGUCUCCCCAUCCUCCCUGGAGACCACCCGCCUCCGGGGAGCCUGAGCUCCUUUUGGAACGUGUCUGUCCUGGAUGCCCAGCAGCCUCAGGGGCCCUUUCUCAGGCCAUUCCCCGGCCCCCUUUGACCCGGGGUCUCCAUGUGCAAUAUUCCCAUUACAGUCAUUCUGUUGGGUUCAUGGGGUGACUGCGGCGCUCCCCCAAAAGGGCCCCAAACACAGCCUUGACCUGAAUGUAUGCCAAAGGAGGGUUUUCUCACCCUUGUUAAAGGAAACUCGCUUUCCUCUUGACAUAGUGGGAAGAGAGCGUCUGCGGGCGUCUUGGCACGCGUGGCUCGGGGCAUCUCCCUCCUCCUGGUGCUCCUGCGCAUCCUUGGGGGAUGGCGAGCCACCCGAGGGCGUUGGCAGUCAGAAUUUUGUUGUAAAGAAGUGGCCGCGCCCCCCCCCCCCCCAGCCACUGUCCGAUUCUCCAUCCCAGCCAGGCCUUGCCGAAUCCUCCCCCUCCUCAGUGAGGCGGCCGUGCUUGGGGGGCCCUCUCGGAUCUGGGUUCUUCGAUCACGGCGGGGGAAGAGAGUCUGGGACGCCGCAGCCCGCCUUCGGGCCAGCCCGAGCUGCCUGUCUCUGAGGACGUCUUGUGGGUGUAACGAGAGUUUCCCGGGGUGGCGGGGAUGCUUCCCACCUGGGCUGCACUAUUAGCGGAUGGAGAGAAGCCGGGGAUGGUUUCACCAAGUCUUUAUUCUUUCUGUGAAAGCGAGCCAUCGAGACGCCCCCCACCCCGGUGACUUCUCCUAGAAAGAGCCUUUUUCCCCCGGGAGUGGUCUGUCUAGACCCCCAGGUGUGCACACACAUGCUGGUCUCUGUAUGUGUACAUACACGUGUGCACACGGACAGGCGCUUCUCCCCUUGCCCUCCCGGUUCUCUGUGAGCGUCCCAGGCUUAGAAGGCCUCCAGCAGCCUCCGAGGACCCGGAGGGAGGGUGGAGAAGUUCCCAGGGCUGGCCAUGACCACCUCCGGAGCAAGAAGCGUGGCCACCAGCUCCAGCUUGGUUUGGAUUUCCCGGGGGUCCCCCCAACCCUUCAGAAUGGCGUUUGGGGGCGCUCCAUGUUGGGGGGGGGCCGUGCCAGCUGGGGAGGUGCUCUCUGGGCACAUCGUAGGGGAGCCCUCAUGGCCAUUACACGCGGCUUUAGAGAAGGAGGGAAGUGUGUGUUUUACACACUCACAGGACAGUAGGCACAAGGUGUGUUCUGCCCACGUGUACACGUGUGUAUCUGCACAUACACAGUGCCCAGGCUAUGCCGCCGUGUAAGCACAGGCCUGUGUACACGUGCAUGUGUGAGUGUUAGAGCGUGGCACCAUGUCUAAGCAGGCGAUGAGCGGUCACUCGGGCCAUCCCUGGCCACAGGCGCUCCCACAUCCCCCAAGGAACACUGUGCGCCUCCCUAAAGCACAAAGUCAGCAGAGCAGCCACUGCGCUCGCCCUGCCAUGGACGUGAAACGAGUCCGUCUCCCAGAGAGACGGGCCUUUGCCAUUGGCCCCCGUGCCCCGUGCCCACGUCUGUAUUCCCAAUAUUGCACUGUGCGGCUGCAGUGUGCGGCGAGAAACCAAAUCAUUGAUGUUAUUUUGUUGUGCUGCCUGUAAAGUUGGAAAAAAUGAUUUACAAUAAAUAAAAUGGAUGGAGGAAGCUAUGGA